GCUCAGCUGUGAAACGUAAACAAACUUUGUUUUGGUAAAAAACGUGCCUGUCUUUCGGCUAUAUAUAUCUUCUGGGAGAUUAGAAGAACCAUGUUGGGCGAGGAGGAGAACCAGGAAGCGCCGAUGUUGGUAGGAGAAAGCGAUGAUGAUGAGGAAGCACCAGAUCUCGUUGAAGUGGGGAAUGCCGUUCGGGUGCCAGUGACCAUCCUCACAGGGUACCUGGGGGCUGGCAAGACCACUCUCCUCAACUACAUCCUCACACAAGAACACAAUAAGAAGAUCGCAGUCAUCCUCAAUGAAUUUGGAGAAGGCAGUUCCAUGGAGAAGAGUUUAAACAUCAGCCAAGAUGGAGACCUGUUUGAGGAGUGGCUUGAACUGCGCAAUGGAUGUCUCUGCUGCUCAGUUAAAGACAACGGAGUGAAGGCGAUCGAGAACCUGAUGAAGAAGAGAGGAAAGUUCGACUACAUUCUGCUCGAAACCACAGGCCUCGCUGAUCCGGGACCCAUUGCGUCGCUCUUCUGGAUGGAUAAACAAUUGGAGAGUGAAAUCUACCUCGAUGGCAUCAUAACCGUUUUGGACUCCAAAUACGCGCAAAAGAACAUCACGGAGAAGAAGCCGGAGAGCGUAGUCAACGAGGCAGUGAGACAGGUGGCUCUGGCGGACCUGCUUAUUCUGAACAAAAUAGAUCUCGUGGACACGGCGCAGAAACAGGUGGUGACGCAGCUGGUUAGAACCAUCAACAGCUCGGCGGCGAUCAUCCAGACGGAGCGGUGCAGAGUCGACCUGGACAAGAUCCUGGACCUGCACGCCUACGACUCCUUCAGUGCAGACUCCUACGAGCGCACUCUGCACGGCCGCUUCGUGGAGGACCUGCCCCAUCUCGACCAGAAAGUCCGCACAGUGACGGUGGAGGUGGAGGGCAGCAUGACGGAGGACGCAGUCGACAACCUGGUGGAGGCGUUGCUGUGGGAGCGGACAGUCACCUCAUCCACCGGCAGCCAAGUUAACAUCUACAGGAUGAAGGGCAUACUGUCAGUAGUGGGAGAGAAGACCCCGGUGAUGCUACAAGCUGUCCAGGAACUAUAUGAGACGGAGCCAGUUGGGUCUUGGUCGGACGGCUGUGCUCGCUCCUGUAAAUUAGUUUUGAUAGGAGAAAACCUGGAGGAGGGGAGAAUACGCGACUACCUCAAGUCACUAGUUGCAACGACCCCUGCAUUGCUGUGAUUAAACGUGUUGUAAAGUCCAAUAAACAAGUAUUGAAAUCUGC